AUCAGUACCUGCGCAAUCUAGUGGUGACCUCUUACCGACGUUCCCUCUCAUAUCAUUUCCUGGAAUUGAUGCUAAAUGCCCUAGGAUUCUGUAGGAUAAAAGAAACAAAAUUCCUGUUGUAUUCAUCUAAAGAUUCAUCAGACUUGCAAAAACUGAGGCUAGCUAGCCUAUGAUAACCAAGACAAAAAUUUCACGGAACAAGGGGAAGUGGGAAAACAACCUUAGAAGACUAAUGCAGCUUUUAUCAAUUAAUUAUUACACCUUGAGGAUGAAUUUGGAAUGCAUAAAAUGGAUAUGAAAGCUAAAUUUCUGAGUUUUGAGAGCAUUAGUGUAAAAUGAAACUGUUUUACAUAGACCUUUAUGUUUUUGUCGUAUUUUGAACUUGAUCAGUUGAACAGCAAUGGAACCAUAGUCACGGUUUCCUUUUUUGCACUCUUGAAAUGUAAAACAGUUUCAUUUUUGCAUUCUAGAAAAAACAUAAAUAAGGAUGCAUUUUUGUACUCUAGAGGGAAAAAAAGUAUAAAGAAGGUACUAUUAUGUAAAACAGGACAAAAAGUCCAAAGGCAAUGAGUGAGCCACGUUUAUGAGUCAUCCCCCCUCGUGGUUAUCAAGAAGAUUCCAACACUCCAAUCUGGGAAUUAACUGAAAAAAAAUGGCUGAUGAGGCCCCAAUUCGAUUUGGGAUUGUUGGAUGUGCUGAAAUAGCCAGAAAACUGGCCAGGGCCAUAACUUUAGCUUCCAGUUGUACUGUCCACGCCAUAGCAAGCCGUUCGAUUGAAAAGGCAGAGCAAUUUGCAGGGAAGACCAAUUUGGCGGAGACAGCCGUGAAGGUCUACGGAAGCUACGAUGAAUUGCUGGAUGACCCUGAUGUUGAUGCUGUGUACAUGCCAUUACCCACGAGUCUUCAUUUGAAAUGGGCUGUCUUGGCUGCUGAAAAGAAGAAGCAUUUGUUACUGGAGAAACCAACUGCUCUGGAUGUUGUGGAGCUUGACAAAAUACUAAAAGCUUGUGAAGAUAAUGGUGUGCAGUUCAUGGAUGCAAGCAUGUGGUAUCAUCAUCCCAGGACUGCAAAAAUGAAGGAACUUUUAUCUGACCCUCAUAUCUUUGGACAAAUUAAAGUGAUCCACACUUCAGCAUCAUUCUUGGCAGGUCCAGAAUUUCUGGAGAAUGAUAUCAGGGUAAAACCAGAUUUAGAUGCUCUAGGUGCAUUGGGAGAUGUAGGGUGGUACUGUGUUGGAUCCAUUUUGUGGGCUAUGGAUUUGAAACUGCCAACAACAGUAACAGCUGUGCCCAAAGUUGCCAGAAAUCCUGCCGGGGUGAUCAUGUCGUGCAGCGCUACUUUGAACUGGGAAGAAGAGACUUUGGCGACAUUUUACUGCUCCUUCCUGGCUGAUUAUACUCAGGACAUAACUGUGUGUGCUUCCAAGGGAACGCUUAGAGUUCAGGACUUUGUACUCCCUUACGAAGGAACUACUGCUGCAUUCAGCUUCACAACAGGUGCUAAGUUUGUUGAUCUUCACAUUGGUUGGAAUGUGAAGCCACAGGAAGUUCAAGUGAUUAACGAGCCGCCUCAAGAGGUUUUGAUGGUUGAAGAAUUUGCGAGGUUAGUGAAGAACAUUAAAUCUUCAAACUGUAAACCAGAGAGCAAAUGGCCUCAAAAGAGCAGAAUGACUCAGCUGGUGCUAGAUGCUGUAAAGCAAUCAAUCGAUCUUGGCUUUAAACCAGUUCAUCUGUGACUGGCUUUUGACAGAAUAAGAUGUUACUUUACUAAAUCAGACCAACCUUUGCAUCUGAGACUUAGAUCAAUUUUCAUAGCUGCAAUGGCCUGAAUAAGAUGCUGCAAACAUAAGUGAUUUGGGUCUUGACAUUGUAAAGCUGAUUGCUCUUAGAUUCCUGGGAAAUAGUUUUUUGAAAAAGGCUUGACAAAUCUGCCUCCUUCAUCUAUAAAUAACCUUCCAAUUACACUUACUUUUAUAUAGAGCAACAUGUUGAUAAUAUUAAAGGGGUAAGAAAAAGCAGUAAGUUGAACUAAUUUGCAUCGAUAAUUUUUCUGUCAAUAAAAAUCUGACUGCAUUUCUUCUGAUUUCCCAACAAGAAUUUCAUACUCCGACAAAAGAAAAGGAAGUAAUGGAUAAAAUUUAC